AUGGCCUUCAAAAGCAAAAGCGUCAAGCGUUUCAGCGUUCGCAAUUUCCUCGCAACGAUCCUGCACGCAUUCAUGUCAUCCCCAACCGACCUCCCUGGGGUGUUCACCCAGGGUGAUACUCGGACCCCGGUAGGAGAUUGGUACUCAGUACUAAUGACCAGUGAGCUUUCCUCGCAAUGCGAUCUCGAACGCAUGGUCUUCGGCAAGUGCACCAAAGACGUGCAACACGAAUUCAUCCUCCUCCAUUUCCGUCAUCCGGUGCAACGUCACGCCGUUGCUGUCCUGGUGCUUGAUCGCACAUCGCGUGUGGAGUGCACGGAGAACAAUGGUGGCUCGUUUAGAUCGGUUGGACAGGCUUCUGUACUGUCCCCCUCAGUUUCUCAGGUCCCUGCUCACGAUACCAUAUCAACAACCUUCAACAGCCCCUCUGCCCUUGAGUCGUACUUGACUCAACGAUAUCGGUCAUACAGAUUUCUAUCAAACCUUGACUUUCCCGCUUCUGCUCGUCCUUCGGCGAUGCAGGUAUCUGUGCUGUUGUGCGUGCUCAGCAAACAUUCCCCGACUUACCGGUUGUGGCAGUACCAGUGUUACUGGUAUGCACACACUGUUUGGGAGACCCUCAAGACGCUUUUUGAUGGGUGCCAGGAGACCACCCUGAUUGAUGGGCGCUCUCAGUUUUGGGGGCAGGACAUUCCAAAGGCAGAGAGUGUUGAGGAGGUGUGUAAGCAGUAUCACGUGGAGUGGGCGCUGUUUGAGAAUGUGGUGGAGGAGAGGAGGGAGAGGAAGGAGGAGGAGGAGCGCUGGAGGAGAGUAGAGGAGGAGAGGAAGCAACGAGAGGAAGCGGAGAGGAGACUAGAGGAGGAGAGGAAGCAACGAGAGGAAGCGGAGAGGAGAGUAGAGGAGGAGAGGAGGCAACGAGAGGAGGAGAGGAGGCAAAAGGACGAAGCAGCGAGGGAGCAUGAGGCUGAAAUAAACCGAAUGCGAGAAAGAGUGGCCGAGCUCGAGCGCCGCGCAGUGUGA